UGGCGGCGCGGUGGGGCCGGGGUGGUCCCGGCUUCCGCGCCUAGCAGGGCUCGGCGGCAAGGUCUUGUCCUGGCUUCGGUGGCGCCAUGAGCUCCUUCCAGGGGCAGAUGGCCGAGUAUCCCACCAUCUCCAUAGACCGCUUCGACAGGGAGAACCUGAGAGCCCGUGCCUACUUCCUGUCCCACUGUCACAAAGAUCACAUGAAAGGAUUAAGAGCUCCUACCUUGAAAAGAAGGUUGGAAUGCAGCUUGAAGGUUUUCUUGUACUGUUCUCCUGUUACCAAGGAGUUGCUGUUAACUAGCCCAAGAUACAGAUUCUGGGAGAAGCGAAUAGUAUCAAUUGAAAUUGAAACUCCUACCCAGGUAUCUUUGGUGGAUGAAGCCACAGGCGAGAAGGAGGAGAUUGUUGUGACUCUCUUACCAGCAGGUCACUGCCCAGGAUCAGUUAUGUUUUUGUUCCAGGGCAACAAUGGAACUGUGUUAUACACAGGAGAUUUCAGACUGGCUAAAGGAGAAGCUUCUAGAAUGGAGCUUCUGCACUCUGGGGGCAGGGUGAAAGACAUCCAGAGCGUUUAUUUAGAUACUACUUUCUGCGACCCAAGGUUUUAUCAAAUUCCAAGCCGAGAGGAGUGCUUAAGUGGAAUCUUAGAGCUGGUUCGAAGCUGGAUCACAAGGAGUCCGUACCAUGUGGUGUGGCUGAACUGCAAGGCAGCGUAUGGCUAUGAGUAUCUAUUUACCAACCUCGGUGAAGAACUUGGGGUCCAGGUGCACGUGGACAAGCUGGACAUGUUUAGAAAUAUGCCCGACAUCCUCCACCAUCUCACAACAGAUCGCAGCACUCAGGUCCAUGCGUGUCGGCAUCCAAAGGCAGAAGAAUAUUUUCAUUGGAAUAAAUUACCCUGUGGGAUGAUUUCCAAAACUAAAGUUCCACUGCACACAAUCAGUAUUAAGCCAUCCACCAUGUGGUUUGGAGAAAGAACGAGGAAAACAAAUGUAAUUGUGAGGACGGGGGAGAGUUCCUACAGAGCCUGCUUCUCCUUCCACUCCUCCUUCAGUGAGAUAAAAGAUUUCUUGAGCUACAUCCGUCCUGUGAACGCAUACCCAAAUGUCAUUCCUGUAGGUAUAACUCUGGAUAAAGUUAAAGAAAUCUUAAAGCCUUUAUGUCGGUCUUCCCAAAGCACUGAACCAAAGUAUAAGCCCCUUGGAAAGCUGAAGAGAGCUAGAAAAAUCUACCUAGACUCAGAGGAGGAAGACGAUCUCUUUGAUGACCCCCUGCCAGUACCUUUAAGGCACAAGGCUGCACACCCAGUAACUCUUGAGCCUGGGGUAUUUCCAAUAACUGCACUAUCACAAAACCAGCCAGAGAAACUGAUGCAAAGCAUCGAAUGCUGCAAAGCAGAGAAUAUUCAAAGCUCUUCUUUGGCCAACUUUAUAGAUUGUGAAGAAUCCAACAGUGAAAGUGAAGAAGAAUCAGAAAUCCCACCUACACUGCCUAGAGCUCUGGGCUCUGAAGAAUUUCCCCAGCAGAGUGCUGAUGUGGAUGUACCACAAUGGGAAGUAUUCUUUAAAAGAAAUGAUGACAUCACAGAUGAGGGUUUGGAAAUUUUCCCUUCUUCCACAGACACAGGGGGCUCUCAGUCACCCAAGCUUUUCAGCGACUCUGAUGGGGAAUCAACCCAUGUUUCCUCCCAGAAUUCUUCUCAGUCAACACAUAUAACAGAACAAGGAAGUCAAGGCUGGGAUAGCCAGUCUGAUACUGUUUUGUUAUCUUCCCAAGAGAAAAACGUGGGGGAUUUUACCUCUUUGAACCAAGGUGUCAAGAAAGCAAAAGCCAAAGAGAACAUUCCUGCCUCACAGAUGGAACAAAAUGUACUCUUCCCAAAGGACAUUCACUCUGAUGUUAAGAGCAGAGAGCAAGAAACAAGCAUAGUUCCUAGUGUGGAAGGACCAACUAUUGUGAGCGAUGAGGAACAGCUACCUUUGGAAGAAAGGUUGCUGUGUCUUAGCUCAAGUGCAGAUUCACAGAAUUCCUCUGACUUUGAAAUUCCCUGCACUCCAGAAGCUGAGUUACCUAGACAAGAACACUUACGUUAUUUAUAUGAGAAACUGGCAAAAGGUCAGAGUAUAGUAGUUGACAAAAGAAAAUGCUCACUUUUAGAUACUUAACACUUGGUCCUACAACAGUCAUUAAAAAUAUUUCACAAAA